AUGCCGGAUUUGUCCUUCGCAAUAGCUUUUGUUGCAGCGGAUAGUCCUGAGACCCUCUGUAGAGUCAUCAGUCUAGGUUUGGCCAUCUUCGGGUUGUAUCUCGCCUACGAUACGCAACUGAUCAUUGGUGGACACAGGUAUGAACUCAGCCCCGAGGACUAUAUCGUUGGCGCAAUGGAUUUGUUUGUGGAUAUUAUGGAAAUUUUCUUCUCCCUUCUGGCCCUUCUCAACGAAAAUGAAUGA